UACGUUGCUCAUUUCAGAUUCCAACGGCUGCCAGGUGGCAAGAGAUAGCAAAUGAUUUUCGCGACAAGUGGAAUUUCCCUCUUUGUGUUGGAGCGGUGGACGGGAAACAUGUCCAAAUCCAAAUGCCACCUCACACCGGGAGCCUUUACUACAACUACAAGGGGACCUACUCCAUUGUCCUGAUGGCAGUGGUCGACAGCAACUUAAAGUUUGUUGCCAUUGAUGUGGGUGCAUAUGGAAGGCAGAGCGAUGGGGGAACGUUCAGCAACUCUCGGUUUGGCCAAGCUUUGGAGAAUGGCCUGCUGUGUCUCCCGCCGCCGCAGCGGUUGCCCAACGACACCACCAUUGCUCCACAUGUCUUUGUGGGUGAUGAAGCUUUCCAGCUUCGUUCCGAUUUUCUACGGCCCUACCCGGGAAAUCGACUUGAAGAUGACAAGAGAAUAUUCAAUUAUCGCCUGAGCCGCGCAAGGAGGUGCGUGGAAAACGCUUUCGGUGUCAUGGCCUCGAGGUUCAGAAUAUUUAGGAGAACCAUCAACCUGCUGCCUGAAAACGCCGACUAUGUUGUCAUGGCGUCGUGCGUUCUCCACAACUUCCUCUCGGAAGACACGUUCUACAUGCCCUCGAACUACGCCGAUAGAGAGGAUCAGCAUGGCAAUACCAUGGACGGACAAUGGCGCUCAGCAGCGGACGCAGAAGGGAAUGCCAUGCUUCAACUACAGCCUCCUUUGGGCCACAAUUACCGCAGAUCAGCGGCUGAAACGCGAGAUCUAUUUCGAUCUUAUUUUGUAAGCUCACAGGGUGCUGUGCCCUGGCAGCGUGCAUCCGCCGGACUGCGCCCUUAAACAAGGCGUAAAGUUUGUAUUCUGGCCAAAGUCGGCGAUGGUUUUCUCGCGAGCUAGGAGAAGCUUAUCUUUUAGGAAUAAUGAGACUGCCUGUACUUUCAUUUUUUCAAUAUUUUUUUUUCGCUUGUCGUUUCAGCUGAUGUUGUGUAACAUACCGCGUUUCAUCUUCAUAUUAGUUGGGCUUUCGUUUUGCUCUGUUUACAUUUCGUUCUAGACUUGUCCUUUGUAUAUAAUAUUGUAUAAUACGGCACACUCCAUUAUGGUAAUGUUUUAUAUAUUAUGUAACCUACUCCCAC